AUGAAAUGUGUUUUGGUGCAAAGGGAAACUGUGUUCGAGCAGUCAAAACACGACAUCCAUUUCAAACCGCUCAACGAGGACACGCGGAGUCAGCUAGAGUUGAUGAAGUUCCAGCGCGAGGUGAUGUCUGCAGAGUCGGCUUUGGAGCAGAAAUGUUUGUUCAGACACAACAUGCUGGUCGGCUGUAAGAUCCAGGGUCUGCCCAUCGUCCUGCUGUCAGGGAACCUCAACGAGAUCACCGAGGUGCAGCCUGACACAGAAACAACUGAAAGCACUUCAACCAUGAACACCAUGAGCAUGUAUGAGAGAGAGGCACAGCUGAUCAUCGACUACUCUGGCCUGGACGAAGAUUUCAGGAGUCUAGAGGCGGAGGAGGAGGUGCAGGCGCACAUUGAGAGGCUGAACAAGUCCAUGUCCUCCAUCGAGGGAUUUCUGCAGCGCACCACCGCCCCCAACCUCAAAGCUCUGGAGAAGAUGAGGGAGGUGAAGGACAAGCUGCAGGGAGUGACCGACGCGUUUGAAGCCAGCACCAGAGUGGCCAGAAAGUGCAGUCAGGAGUUUGAGCAGGUGAAAGAAAAGCGCCUGCAGCUCUUCACUCAGUGCUUCGAUCACCUGUCUGUCGUCAUCGAUCAGAUCUAUAAAAGAAUCUGCUGCAACAACAGCGCCCAGGCCAUUCUGAGUGCAGAAAUUCCUGAAGAGCCGUACCUCGGCGGCAUCAACUACAGCUGCGUGGUUCCGGGGAAACGAUUCAUGUCCAUGGACAACCUGUCGGGUGGAGAGAAGGCCAUCGCUUCCCUCGCCCUGUUGUUCGCUAUCCACAGUUUCCUUCCCGCUCCCUUCUUGAUCUUGGACGAGGUGGAUGCAGCGCUGGACAAUACAAACAUCGGCAGAGUGACGAGUUUCAUCAGAGAGGAGUCCAGAGAGAACUUUCAGAUCAUCAUCAUCUCCCUGAAGGAGGGGUUCUUCUCCAAGUCUGACGCUCUGCAGGGAGUCUACUCAGGUUUUGAUGAAUGCAUGUUCAGCCGCACUCUGACCAUGGACCUGCGUCCCUACCCUCUGGUGGAAGAUGAAACAUAG